UCCAGUCAGCCGCGCGCGGAUUGAGUCAAGUGAACCUACCGAGAGGUGGUGUUGACCGACCGCAGCAGGUUUUCACCAAGAAACCUGGAAUAUCAAACUUCCUAAGGCAACUGACAGUAACGCCAAGAUCUUGUUUUUUAACGGAAGGGACAGCGGUGCCGGAGUUAAGGCGACGCGACAGAGAGAAGAGAGUAAAUCCCGGAGGGAAAGCGCCCGAAGUGAGCUUGAGGAUCAAAGCUAAUGCUAAGUUAGCCUGCUAUUGCUAAAUAAUUAUACGGAAACUCGUGUCAUUUCAUAAGUCGCUUGCUUUGACAUAACCACUGUGGUUACAAAGUAGAUAGUCGGGGGGGGAAAUUGUUAAAUUAUAUGUUACAUUUAAUUUAAAUAGCGAGGUGUUUUGCCUUUACAUUUUAGGCCACAAGCGACUGGUGUUCGCUUAGCAAGAGUAGCUACAAUAGCCGGUCUUAUUGAGGUUACACCGGCUCUGCGCUCAUCAGGACAGGUGAUAUUGCUAAAGAUAGUCGCCUUUAAAGCAACUUCAUAUCGGUGUUUAUAAGUUAGUUUACACUUGGUGGUGUCUAAGCCUUGUGCUUCGCGAUGCUGAAACAGCAGCAACCCGGCUCAGGCGGGAGGAAAGCGUCUAACGGAACCUCGGGCCCCGCCGGUAUGUCUUCCCCAGUCAGCGGCAUCAACAGUGGCAACAGGACGCCGGCCGGGAGGAAUCGAUCCUCUGCAAAGCCAUCAUUCCAGUCAUCUCCGGUUUUCGAGGGUGUGUACAACAAUGCCAGAAUGCUUCAUUUCCUCACAGCUGUUGUGGGUUCCAACUGUGACAUAAGAGUGAAGAACGGCAGUGUAUUUGAAGGCAUAUUCAAGACUCUCAGUUCUCGGUGUGAGCUGGCUGUGGAUGCUGUACACAAACGCAGUGAGGAGGACGGCUCAACAUCAACUCCACCGAGGAGGGAGGACAUCACUGACACUAUGAUCUUCAGCCCCUCAGACCUGGUGACGAUGAUCUGCAGAGAUGUCGACCUCAACUAUGCCACCAGAGACACCUUCACAGACACAGCCAUCAGCUCCAAUCGCGUGAAUGGAGAACACAAAGAGAAGGUUUUGCAGAGAUGGGAGGGAGGAGACAGCAAUGGAGAGAGUUACGACCUGGAAAAUGAUGCAUCAAAUGGCUGGGAUGCCAAUGAGAUGUUCCGUUACAAUGAAGUGAAGUAUGGAGUCACGUCAACAUACGAUUCCAGCCUUUCCAUGUAUACUGUGCCACUGGAAAAGGGCAACUCUGAGAUGUAUCGGCAGAGGGAAGCCCGCGCUGCCCGCCUGGCCAGUGAGAUCGAGUCCAGUCCCCAGUAUCGCCAUCGUGUCGGCCUGGAAAAUGAUGAGGGCAAAACUGAGGAGGACAAAUACAGUGCUGUGGUGCGGGACAGCAACGAUCGUGAGAGGGGCCGUGAGAGCCCCCGUGACAGAGAGCGUGAAAGGGGGCGAGACAGCCCUGGAGCCAGCACCAGGGAGGGCAAGUACAUUCCAUUACCUCAACGUCAGAGAGAGAUGAACCGGGAGCGGGAACGAGCUGAGAGAGGUCCUGGUGGGCCUCCACCCCACAAUCGUCUUAGCGGAGGUUAUCGCUCCAAUCCUCCAUCCUCCUCUUCCCCCAGACCCCCUCUGCCCUCUGCUGCUGGGCCGCAGUCUGGCGUCUCCCCCUCAGAGAGAAACAGCCCUCUGUCAGGCCGAGGUGGGGCCUACGCUCCCCACCACCCCCAGGGAAGCCCGAGCCCAGGCCCAAACUCUGGCCCUGCGAGCCCUUACACACCUGCCUCUCCGGGAGGGGCAUCCACGCCAGCCUCUGCUUCCACUACCCCGUCGCCAGCCAGCCCUCCUGCCCCACACGGACACUCAGUCCCUCAUUCCCACUCACUCCCACACUCGCUGUCUGACGCUGGCAGGCCUGUUAAUGGAAUCUCGACCAGAACAUCACCUAAAGCCCAAAGACCUCCACAGUCGAGCAGAACAGUCCGUUCUUCAAACUCACACUCUCAGUCCACAGCUACUCGCUCUCCUAAAUCAGGUUCUUCCCAGGACACGCCUUAUUUGGACACAUCGUCUGUCUCCCUGCCUCCCCAGAAGACGUCUGGCCCUGCCCCUCUUUUCCCUGUUGAUGUGAAUGAGAUCCUUGGUGCAGCAAAAGAGCGUGCCGCAGAGAGCCCCAGCAGCACAGAGGACAGCAAGAGCAGUAAAGUUCCCUCAGUUCAGCAAAGGUCGCAGAUCGAGGAGCUGCGGAAAUUUGGCAAGGAAUUCAGGCUCCAGCCAAGUGGAGGCAGCUCCAGCUCUCCCAGCUCCCCAGCAUCAGCAACCCCACCUGCCGUCAGCGAGGUAGCCCAACCCAGCGCAGCCACACCUUCGCCCUCAGACGCUCACCCUGCUUCAGAGCCCAAAGCUCAGGCUCCAGCUCCCAGUCCUUCCCAGCCCCAACCUCAGCCUUCACCAGCCCCUGCUGAGGACGCCACCAAGGACACCGCAACUACACCUGGUGCCACACCAAGCACUGCCGCUGCACCCAUUUCAGACAGGCAUUCACCAGCCACCCCGCAGCCAGCCAGGACCCCGGGAAGCGAGGACGCCAGGUCUGAGACGACGGAGCGGCCAGAGGGCGUGGCAGACCAAGUAAAGAAAUCAACCUUAAACCCCAACGCUAAAGAGUUCAACCCCAUCAAACCUCAAAUGCCCAUGACGAAGCCCAACACUGCGCCCACCCCACCUCGGCCAACUCCUCCAAGCCCAGUGGUCCUUCAGCACCCAGGCGGACAGGGACCACUCUACAACACCCCCUACCUCUCCUACGUAUCACAGAUCCACUCUGUGCAGCCCCCACCGAUGUACCAGUACACCAUGUCUACAGUCAGCCAGGGAAAAUACCCCAGGACCAAAGGCUCAGUAGUGGCUCAGCGCUCUGACCAUGGUACUUCAGCACCACCCAUGCUACAAGCUGCAGCGUCAGCAGCUGGAGCCCCGCUGGUGGCGUCCCCCUACCCUCAGUCCUACCUUCAGUACAAUCCACAGCAGUACGGCCAGCAGCAGGUCAUCCAGGCCAUGACACCCUACCCUGGACAGCAGAUGUACUCCAUGUUGCAAGGUGGAAGAAUGAUAGGUCAAGGUGGGGGUCCUCACCCACAAGCACUGGGACCCCCAGGAGGCCCCCAGUUCUCUGCACAGGGAGACGGACCUCAGGGACCACAGCAAGGCAUCUACGCUCCACAGUCCUUCUCACACCACUCAGGUGCAGUUCAUCAGCCCCAGCCCUCCAGUACCCCGACAGGCAACCAGCCCCCUCCCCAGCACACUGCACCUAGUCCCGGACAGAACGCCCAGUCCGGCCCACAGCCCCAGUCCUUGUACCACUCAGGUCCCCUGUCAGCACCCACUCCACCCAACAUGCCGCCAGGCCACACGUCUCCACAAGGCUCUUAUCCCAUUCAGGGCUACAGCAUCCACAGCCACCAGGGCAUCCCACCAACGUACCCCCUGGGACAGAUCGCACAGGCCCAUGUACAAGGAGCGAUGUCGGGUCCCCACCACUCGGGGAGCCACGGUCAGCCUCAGUUAGUGAUGUUGCAGCCACCUCCUCAGCAGGGCCCCGGCUCAGUGCCUCAGCACCCACAGCACGGACCACAGCAAGGAGCACACCAACACUUUUACAUAGGACAUCCACAAGCAAUGCAGGUACAGACGCAUCCUGCUCCCUUCCAUCAGCCUGGAAACUAAACCCCACCCGCCCUCCUCCCCACCUUCCCAACUGUUCUUAGGAAUGAGCCCCAACAUCCCCCACUGCCUGCUGGACGCGAGGCCCAGACUGAACGCGACUCAUUAGUAAACAAACUGACAGGAUCGUGCAGAGGAGAGAAGAGGACAAAAAGUCUCGCAGCACCUUAUUUUUCUGCUGGAAUGUUCUUCAUCAGUACAAACCUCAGUGUCAGCCCCAGACGAGGAGGACCUUUUCAGUGCUAAUGAUGAAGGUGGCAGACGACAGGAGCCGCGCCCGACCCCCUGCUGCCAUCCUGCUCUUCUCUCCAACUUCCUCCCAUUUCAGAGACAUGAGGCACCUUGCUGGGCGGACCAGUCGGAGAGGAAAAAACACGGAUGACAAACAGCAGCAGACACCUCCAGCAGUGUGUUUUAAGUACCAUGACACAAAUGGGAAACACAGACUGUCACGGGAUUCUCAUGAAUACAGCAUGAAAGGAUGGAUUUAAAGAGGAGAGGGGAUUUUUAGCAAAUCACCCCCCACCCCCCCCCCCACCCUUUUUUUUUCUUUUAACUCAAUCCAGUAGUUAAAACCACCCCUUUGCUUCUUCUCUCCUGUAGGAAAAUAUAAUUAAUAAAAAAAUGGACAAGACAAAAAAAAUAUUAAAACAACAAUGACCAAAAAAUAAAGUUUUCAACUCAACUUAAAAUGUUUGUUUGUUUUAUUUAUUGUACUAUUAAUUGAGUAUUACAGUUAACAGUUUUGUAGUAAGCUAAGAGCUAUAAUGAGACGCAGACAUUUAUUUUUCAUUAGACAAUAACAAGAGCACAUUUAAUUUGAAGCUCAAUAAGCAUUUGCUAUUAUGUCAGGCUGACAAAACAAAGUAAUUACCUCCCAGGGGACUUUGUAUUCUCUUCACAUUCUCAUUAGCUCGGAUUCGUUCCACUCAGUGGUGCAAUUCUGCAUGUUAAUUUAAAAUGCUCACUAGGGGGACCCCUCAUUAUACAGCACACAGUCCUUGUUAAGGCAGAGAUGACUCUUCUUUGGGUUAGUGGGCCACUCUGCUUCCCCUUCAGGCAUGUAUGACACCACACUUUGUGGCUCAGUGACAGGCCCCUAAAUCGAUGUACUACCGAGCGCGCCAACUAGCUCUACGUCAAUGUGUCAGAGUGCGCGGCCUAGUUUCCCCUCAGUUGGGACACACUCGGUCAGUGCAGCAGGCUGUGGCGGCCUACUCAGUGUGACAGGGCGUAGAGUUGCUCGGCGCUGCGUUCCAGUCGGUCCCGGUACUCAAGGUUGGAGUAGUUGCCUUCAGGGACCCCCUGGGUGCCGUAGAGGAGCCCCCAGCAGCAGCAGGCAAUCACAGCUGUGCUGUCACUG